GAAAAUAAGGAGAAAAAAUAAAUUCUACCAAUUACCAAACAACCCUUAACCCUUAAGUCCUGCGCAAAUCAUUUUGUCACUUCUUCUUCACCCGCUCUGUGCAUAUACAAAGAGAACUGGAAGUUUAAAAAUGUCUAACGAAGCCGACGAAGUGGAGCGUCGGAGGAAACUGGAAGAAGCCUUAGAAGUUAAAGCCUUAAGGCGCAUCAUUAACGCGUACCUCAACUAUCCAGAAGCUUCAGAGGAGGAUGUAAAAAGAAAUGAAAGGUCUUUCAAAAAGUUACCACAGACACACAAGGCUAUCUUAUCUCAUCUCCCUUCGAAGUUCCAGAAACUUAGAUGGUGUAUUGCACAAAAUUCAUAUUUCAUAUUUGAAAUGCUGAAGGCAUUUGAGCCUCCAAUUGAUCUAAGCUUGAAUACUGACAUUUGUGAAGACCAACAUCAUCAAGAUAACAGCUCAACUAGUGGUGAUAUAUUGGACUCUCAGGAAUCAUUAGAAACAAUUCCUAGGGAGCAUGGAAAUGAUAAUUUUGGGGCAUUUUACAAGAUUUCUUCAUCCUCUUCCGAAUGGCUGAAUCCAUCAUCACAGUCCCAUGUUCCAUUAGUAGAUGUAGAUAAGGUCAGGUGUAUUAUAAGAAAUAUUGUGAGAGACUGGGCAGCUGAGGGGCAAAAGGAACGUGAUCAAUGCUACAAGCCAAUCCUAGAAGAGCUUGAGCGGUUGUUUCCUAAUCGUCGGAAAGAAAGUCCUCCAACUUGCUUAGUUCCUGGCGCUGGACUUGGAAGGCUUGCAUUGGAAAUAUCAUGUCUUGGAUUUUCAAGUCAAGGAAAUGAAUUUUCGUACUACAUGAUGAUCUGCUCCAGUUUUAUACUUAACAUCACUCAAGCUGCUGGGGAGUGGACAAUCUACCCUUGGAUACACAGCAAUUGCAAUUCACUUGCAGAUAACGAUCAGCUUCGUCCCAUCUCAAUACCAGAUGUUCACCCUGCAAGUGCAGGAAUUACCGAAGGGUUUUCCAUGUGUGGUGGAGAUUUUGUUGAAGUUUAUGGUGAUCCAAGCCAAGAAGGAUCUUGGGAUGCAGUUGUCACUUGUUUCUUCCUUGACACUGCCCACAACAUUGUUGAAUAUAUUGAUGUCAUUUCAAAAAUUUUGAAAGAUAAUGGAGUGUGGAUAAACCUGGGACCCUUGCUCUAUCAUUUCGCUGAUAUGUAUAGCCUGGAAGAUGAAAUGUCAAUUGAGCUAAGUCUAGAGGAUGUGAAAAAGGUUGCUUUUCAUUAUGGAUUUGAACUUGAGAAAGAAUCAACAAUUGAGACAACCUAUACAACCAAUCCACGCGCAAUGAUGCAACAUUAUCACCUUAAUGCCAACUGUGUUGAGGUGGAUGGCAUGAAAUUUAGUCUCAGCUAAUUGCAAAAAGAAGUCAACACUAAAUACAUGCAAAAAUUCAGUGGGGGAAAUUUCACUGCUGAGGAGGGAAACCAUGCCCAAUUGGUUUUAAAAUCAAAGUGUUUAAUUUAGUACCGAACAACAUAUAGUUUGUUGUUCUUUAUGCGUGUGUUAAGACUAAAGGUAAUUUAAGUUC